UAUCGUUAAUGUUUAGAUUCGAUAGAUUCAUAUUUUUAUUUAGUAAAUAUUGUAGGUUGAAUGUGACUGAUAAGCGUUUAGGUCCUUCCACCAGCAGGUGUCGCUGUGAAACUGGGUGUGAACUUGAGUUGGUGGUCACGUGAUUGUAUGAACCGUAAUGUUUUUUGAACAAGCUGAUGUUUUCAGCGCGCGCGGCGUUUUCUUAUCUUUAUUCUGGACAUUUAAAACAUGUCUUCUUUCCUUUUGGCGACUCUCGUGAUAGAUAGACUCGCAGGCUCUUCCAGGCCCUAACUGCUGUUGUUUUUACGAAACUUACUCUAACUUUGUGGACGGAACAAUGAUUUAACCAGGGCUCGUGCAGCGAAUACUUCGUUUACGGUGGGUUGACAAAAAUGACGCUUCGGUAGCGGAUCGUAUUCUUUUUUUGGUGUCCGUUUCUGUGCCUGAGUGAUUCUUUUGGAGCAGUUUGACAUUCGGAUUAAUUGUCGAGGACAAGCUCCUUAAAUCUGACGUCGGAACACCUGGUCAGCCACCAUGGAGUCUGAGGUGCUGAUUGGCUGGCAGCAGCAGAAGGAGGAGCUCGAGCGGGAGGUGUGCCAUCUGCAGGAGGAGCUGGCAGAGAGCCGUGCGGAGCGGGAGGAGUUGGAGUCCAGGACCAGAGCUCUCCAGGACAGGCUCCGUCAGACCAUACAUCCCUCUCUGGGCCUGUCACUUGAGGAGGAGGAGGAGCAGAGGAGGUGGAAGAAGAAGCUGAGGGAGGGCAGAGAGAGAGAGGCCAGGCAGGCGCUGCUGAUACAUCGGCUGCAGAAUAAGGUUCUGGAGUACAGAGAUCAGUGCCAGCGUUUGGACCUGCAGCUGCAGGACGAACGGAGGAAGACACUCCACAUGGAGAGGGUCAGAGAUGAGCAUAGCGACUCCCUGGAGAGCGCCCUCAUCAGGCUGGAGGAGGAGCAGCACAGGCUGAUAAGUCUGGCUGACACCAACUCUCUUCUGCGGGAGCAGCUCAGCCAAUCAGAGCAGUCCAACCAGGCGCUCAAGGAAGAGCUCCACAAACUGACAGCUGAUUGGAUCAGAUCCACAGAGAAGGCGGAGCAAAGAGAAACCGAUUGGCAGAGAGAGAAAAAGGGUCAGCUGGGUCACGCGGGUCAGCAGCAGAACCACUUGCUGUCAGUUUGGAGAUCCGUGGUGGCUCUGAAGAGACACUGUCACAGUGUAAAAACAGCUGCCGACAGAGACCUGUGGGAGCUCCGGGCCGAGUUUUCCCGCCUCUCCUCAACGCUGCUCUCCAACUGUGACUCCGUCUACUCCACCAUGAGCCUCGCUACUCUUCACAAAUCUUCAGCUUUGCUUCCUCCACCACCAUCCAGUCCUCCUCCCUUGUCCUCAACCAUGAUCCUCCCUCCUCUUCCUCCUCCUCCAGACUCCUGCUCCACUCAGGGAUCCUUCUCCAUAGGGGAGCUAGAGGUCAAAGAGGAAGAGAAACUUCAUGAAAAGACAGAAGCUUUGCAGCAGAGGACAGUGGAGCUCGCUCGCUCACUUCAGGAUGAGAGAGAGGAGAAGGAGAGAGUGAUGGAGAGACAUCAAGAAACUACGAGGAGGCUGCAGUCGGUCAGUCAGGCGGUGAUCAGACUGUCCAGAGUCGUCAGCAGCAGAAGUCGUCCAGCGAGCUCCUCCCCAGACGAUGUUCUCCGCGCUGACCUGUCCUCCAUGCUGUCUGUCCUCUCCCAGGCUGAAAGCGUCCUGCUGAGGAGGAGCGAGGAGCUGCAGGGGGCGGAGCUAAACCUGCGGCGGCUCAGUGAGUCGAGGAGCGGCCUGCAGCUGCAGCUGAAGCAGCUUCAGGACGUCCACCAGCAGCUUCUCGUUCGCUCACAACACACACAGCAGGAGCUGACGCACACACACAGCGUCCUCUGCAGCGAGAAGGAGGUGUCGAGCUCCCUACGCCUGCAGCUGGAGGAGGUGCAAAGAAGAGAGGAAGAGGUGAAGAGGGAGAACCUCAGACUGAGGAGAGAAAGAGACAGAGAGGAGGAGAAGAACCUGCAGCUGGAGACGGACUCACACCGGCGGGUGGAGGCGGAGCUCCUGGAGAGUGUCCAGGUGACGGAGAGAGAACAUCUGCACCAGAUGGAGCUCCUCAGUCUGAAGGGGGCGCUGGAGAGAGAACAGCUGGACAGGCAGAAAGCAGAGAAGGAGGCUGCAGACUCCAGGGACGCCCUGCAGGAGUGCCGUGGAAGCGUGCUCCGCCUCUCGUCCUUGGAAAGCCUGCUGAGGCGGGACCUGGAGGAGAGUCGAGACGCUCUGAAGAAGGUUUCUGCUCUUAACUCUGCUCUGGCGUCAGACAAGAGGGCGUUGAACCAGCAGCUGCUGCAGCUGGAAGGCAAACUGUCAGAGAGCCAGUCGCAGCUGCAGGCUGCGAGUUCAGAGCUUACCUGUCUGCAGAGAGACGUCAGAACGCUCAGAGGGCAGACGGACCAGGAUGCCGACAUCAUCCGUCAGCUGAAAGAGCAGCAGGUGGAGGCUGUGAAGAACUCAGAGGGAAAGGAGAGGGAGCUGCUCCUACUGGAGGAGGACAGAACAAGUGGCGAACAACAGCUAGAGGAGCUUCGCUCUCAGCAUGUCUCGCUGUGCCAGGAGCUAAAAGAGUUGCAGGAGGAGCUGCAGCAGGCGAACCAAGAGGUCACGAUGAGAAACGAGCAGCAGGAGGAGCAGCAGAGAGAGAGCAGGAGGCUGCAGGAGGAGCUCCAGAGUGAGCGUAGACACCAGGCGCAGCUGGAGGAGGAGCUACAUGAGCUCAGGUCUCUGUCGGUGUCGCAGCAGCUGCAGCUCAGCCAGCAGCAGCAGCUGCUCUCUCAGGCUGAGGUGGACCGCUGUCAGCUGAGCACGCGCCUCCAUGCGCUGCAGGAGGCCAAGCUCACCUUACAGGGUGAGAUCAAGUGUCUGAGAGGAGAACUCCAGAGAGAGACCGCCAGCAGAGAGAGAAGCGAGGACGAGAAGGAGGCGCUGCAGGAAGACGUGCAGAGACUGACGGAGGAGGUGCAGGAGCUGAGGAGGAGGGCAGAGGAAGAAGAGGAGAAGAAGAUGUGCCACAAAGAACGAGAGACACUGAGGGAGGAGUUAAGAGUAAGAGACGGGGAGCUGGACGCCCUGAAGAGACGCACUGAGAGGAUAGAGGAGGAGCUGGAAGAAAGGAGACAACAGGUGGAGAGACUGAAGGAGGAGGUGACACAACGAGGUACCCAAGUCAGCCUCCUUAACGAGAGAAUAGUGAAUUUAGAAGAAGAAAAGGAGAUACUGCAGGAUGAGGCAAGGAGUACUGAGGUCAGACUGCAGGAGGAGGAGGAGAAACGGAGGGAGGAGGAGGUGCAGAGAGACGGGGAGACUGAAGCUCUCUGUGACAGAAUAGAGAAAUUAGAAAGAGAGAAGGAUGAAAUAGAAAAGGAGGUACAGCAGCUGAAGAGUAAAGCGCAGGAGCAAGAGGAGAGAUGGAGGUCAAACGAUAAGGAGCAACAGAACGAGAUAAACAGACUGAGAGGAGAAAACUCCUCCCUCCAGGAGCACAGAAAGUCAGAGAAGCGACAAAUAGAGAAACUGCAACAUGAAAAAAUGGAGGUUCUGGAGAGGCUACAAGAGAGAGUUGGAGAGGUGGAACUGAUGAAGGUAAAACUAAAUGUGGCUCAGGAGGAGAGGGAGGAGAUGGUGGAGGAGGUGCAGAAAAGGGAGCGCAGCCUGGAGAAACAGAUGUGUGCAGUGCGAGAAAGGGAGGAGGAAAUGGAGAGAUUGAAGGAGCGGCUGAAGUUGGCGAAGGAGCGGGAGGAGGAAACGGAGAGGGAGCUCCAGGAAACUGUUGACAAACUGAAGAAAAAGGAGGCGAGGGAGGAACAGCUGGAGGUGCUGCUCAAAGAGAACAGGGAGCUUUUGGAGCAGGAGGAAAGAGAGCGAGAAGUAAGAGAAGACAGGAUCUCCUCCUUGAUCAAAGAAUUGCAGGAGGCGCAUGCUGUGAGUCAGAUAGCAAAGAGGAGAAGCACCGAAAAGCAGGAGGCCCAUGACAGACUGCAGGAGGAGGUGGAGGACUGGCAGGAGCAGGCAGAGCAAAGUCUGAAGCAGGUGGCAAAGCUCAAAGAAGCCCUGAAGGGGAGAAAUGAGGAGGUGAGCCAGCUGAAGGUAAUGCUUAAAGAAAAAGAAGAGGAGUGGAAAGAGCAGGAGGCGCAGAGCAAAAUGGACAAGGAAAGGAGGAGAAAGCUGGAGAACAAGCUGGUGGAGGUGGAGGAGGACAUCACCAGGUUAGAGAAGAAAGUGAGACUGAUACAGGCGGAGAGGGAUAAAGAUAGGGAGGAGGUGAAGAAGUUGAAGGACAACCUGGGAAAAAGUGAAAACAAAGAGAGGGAGCAAGGAGAAAGAAUGAGGAGAAUGGAAGAGGAGAAGAUGAUGUUGAGUAGCAAUUUGAGAGAGAUAGAGGAGGAGCUAAAAGCAGAAAAAGAGCAAACGCGGAGAGUAAGGAAAGAGAGGAGCAGUCUGGAGGACAAACUAAAAGAAAAAGAGAGAGAAAUAGAUGAGUGUAGGGAUUUGGUGAGAAGUAAGGAGGAGAAAUUUCAGGAGGCGAAAGAGAUGGAUCGGAAAAUGUUGGAGAAUGAAAAGAAUCGGCAUCUGCUGUUGGAGGAGAAGGGGGAGACCAGGGUUAAAGAGCUUGAGGAGGAGAAGGAGGACCUUUUACUGAAGUUAAUGAAAAAGGAAAAAGAAGUGACAGAACUCCAAGAGGAGGUGCAGAGCACGAGGGAGGAAUUGGAUAAAAAGAAAGAGGAGGUAUAUAAUGUAAAAAGGGAAUGUGAGGAGGCGCAGGAAAGUCUAAAAUCAUUGAAGAGGAAAAUGAUUUCGCUCCAAGAGGAGGUGAAUCAGAAGCAAAAAGAGAAUGAGGAGGCCCAGGAGAAGCUAAAAUCACUGAAGAGGGAAGUGAUGUUUCUCCAAGAGGAGGUGAAACAAAAGCAAAAGGCACACGAGGAGGCACAGGAGAAGCUAAAAUCACUUACAAAGGAAGUGAUGUUUCUCCAAGAGGAGGUGAAAGAAAAGCAAGAAGCACACGAGGAGGCGCAGGAGAAGAUGACAGUGCUAAAGGAGGAGGUGCAUCAGAAACAUUUAACAGAAGAGAACGAGUGGAGAGCAAAGGAUAUGAUGAACAGAAAUGAAGCUCAGGAGCUACAGAGGAAAAUAGAUGAGGCACAGGAGGAGCUGGAGAGGAGCAACAAGGAGAUCUACACACUUAAAGAGGAGCUAGAAAAGGAACAAAGAGAGAAAAAGGACAUUCAUGAUGAGCUGAUAAAGAGGAGUGAAGAGGUUGCAUCGCUAAGAGAGAAAAUAAAAGAGGAGCUCAGCAGGACCAAAGAGGAGGAGGAGGAGGAGACAGAAAAACCGACAAGAGAGACGAUUGAGUUGGCCACUCUAAAGGAGGAGCUGCACAAGGAACAGAGGGAGAAACUGGAGACUCUGGAGGAGCUGAAGAAGAGGAGAGAGGAUGUCACUGUGCUUAAAGGAGAAGUGACGAAGGAGUGCAUGCAGAAGGAGGAGGUGCAGGAGGAGCUAAGAAGUGUGCAGCGCAGCUUGGAGCAGAAGUCUCAGAGUCUGAGCUCCCUUCAGAGUCAGGUGACGGAUCUGAGACUCAGCAAGGAUCGAGUCGAGGAGGAGAAGCAGCAAAUGAAAGGAGGCCUGCAGGUGGUGCUGAAGGAGAUGAACUUGCUGAAGGUUCUCCUGCAGGAAAGCCAUGCAGAAGGAGAACUGCUGAGGAGCACCCUGGAGGAGAGGAAGAAGGAGGUGGGGAGAAUUAGACAGGAGAACCUGCAGAUGGAAGAGAGGCAGGAGGAGCUGGAGGAGCUGAGAGCCAGAGUCAAAGCCCUGGAGAAAAGGAGGACGGAGAUGGCUGAGGAGCUGGAUAAGGCUGAUGAGAGGAGGAGGGAGGCUGAGGAGUGGUGGAGGAGCAAAAUGAAGGAAGUAGAACAGGAGAAAGGGAUGAUGCAAAGCACUCUGGACGCAGAAAUACAGACGCUGACGCAGAACCACGAGGAGCUGCUGAAGGAGUCGAGGUCCAAGCUUCAGGACAGUUUGAGGGAGCUUGAGGAGGCGAGGGUCGAGCUCAGCCGGAACAGAGCCGUGAUGGAGGAGCAGAAAACUCGGAUCACUCUCCUGAUUGCAGACAGAGAGGAGUCGGGGGAGCAGAGGAGGAGGAGGGACAGCCAAGAAGAAAGAGGAGAGGGGAAGCAGGAGGAGAUCAGGAGGCAGCUCCAGCAGACGGAGGCUCAGGUGGACAGUUUGACUCUGAGGGUCCAGGAGCUGCAGGAGGACAGAAAUCGACUCCGAUUGGCUCUGGAACAAACAGAGGCGGAGCUGAUAAAACACCCCUCCCAGCAGGAACAGAGCCAGGGGGCGGGGCUUAGCCCAGAAGAGACUGUAGGGGGCAGACUGGAGGUCCUGCAGCGGCUGGUGGCUGAGCUGGAGCUGGAACAGAAACGACUGCAGAAGAAGAACUCCAAUCUAGAGAAGCAAAAAGACAGGCUGAAGAAAGACAGAGAUGUUCUGAGAGACAUCCUGAGACAGAAAAUGUUGUUGUGUUCUGGUUCUCCUCAGGUGGAGCUGGAGCGAGGGAGGCUCAGCCAGCAGCUGACAGACAGCACAGAGUCUCAGGUGGGACAGGUGUGCGCACAUGCUACAGAAGAAGAUCGUCUGCGCAGUAAAGUGAAGGAGCUGGAAGACCAGGUGAGUCAGCUUCGUCUGUCUUUGGCCGUGGACCAGCAGCAGAAGGCGGAGUUUAUCCAGCAGUCAUCCAGAAACAGCCAAUGGCUGCUCUCCUUAAGACGGGACCUCAACGAUUCGCUGUCUGCGGUCACUCGCCGUCCAAUCCCGUCCGUCCUGGAGUCCGAGACGCAGCGGUUGGACCGCAGCCUGAGGGAGGAGGAGCUUAGACUUUCCUUUAGCCGAUCGUGAACUAACAAAACCAGGAACUUGCAAACGAUGAUCGUAUAUAUCAGGAAACAGGAAGUAGCUUCCUCCGCUCUUCAGAAAGACAUCCUCCCUUUGGGACUUAAAAAGGAUGAAGUUUAAGGAUUUGGUCUGAAUUUCUGAGUCUUUUUUGACUCACAUUUGUCUCAAAGUUUGUCUCAAAGUUUCCUCAGGUGAAAUCUCAGGAUGACAGUUUACUCUUACCUCUUUUACUUUAUUUAUUUAAAUAUAUUUUUGUUUUUUAGGACCCAGCAAGCUUUUUUUUUUUGUUCAGGUCCCAUAAAAACAAUCACCAAAGAAUAAAGUUUUAUAGAAUCAUUUUGUUGGUAUUCUCUUCUAACUGGGGUUUUGUCUGUGAAAUAGUAGGUUUUACUUUUUCAUGGAGUGAUUUUUGUGCCAUUGUUCCAACCGCAACUCUCACAAUUUAGGGCGUAAAGCUUUAAAAAUGUUGUUUAAAAGGGAUUUUGCACUUGAACCUCAAAAUAUAUACAAACAAAACAAUUUUAGUCUUGGAAAAAAGAGCAUGUUACAAAUGUGCCACAAAAGCCAGCCAAUCACAGACAUGGACAUGAAGGCUGAUGCUGAUUGGUCAGAAAUUCUUCCAGUUAUGAACAAACCUGAUCCAGUCUAGGAACUGGUUUCUCUCAAGUGAAAGUCUUCUGUUUGCACGGAUUUUUAAGUUUCAAGCGCACAUUAUUUUUUUAAAAGAGAAAAUAGUUAGUUUUAAACAGUGAGUGUUGUGUUUGGAAUAAUGGCACAAACAUCCCUCCAUACCUCUUGCUUUUCUUCUACAUCUUCAGUGUUUCAGCUUCACACCAAAACACGUGUUCAGGUAAAGGAGGGCCACAAAACUUUUUCUUAUGAGGGCCACAAAACUUUUCUUCUCUGAUGUGGGGCUGGAGUCAGUUCUUGGGCUAAUAAAAGAGGCGUUUAUAGACAAAAGCAUUUCUGGUUAUCUAGAAAGUCUCAUGUAAACAGUUAUUAAUGACCCUUUCUCAGAUCGUCACAGAAAAAAGUCGGAAAAUAAAUAAAUUAAAAUAAUUCUUUCAAUGAAAUAGUCUAAUGAAAAAAAAACUAAUUAUUUUGUCUUCUGCUGCACUAGACCUGCAUGGCCAGACUGAAAAAAAAAGAAAAAAGUCACGGGCUCUGAUUGUUCAAGGGGUCGGGUCGAGUGGUGAAGUGGGCCGGAUCCGGCCUGCAGGCUUUAGUUUGGGGACCCCUGAAGUAAAGAAUGCUGCUUUGCACAGACCAGAUCUUGUUUCUCUCACAGCCCACAGGUUCAGCUCUCCUCUGUACGAACUGUCCUGAUCUUUGCUUCAUUCUUCUGUCUGAGAACAAGCUGUGGUUUCAAUGAUUUAGAAAUGACUACUGGUGUGUCUGGGAAUAAAUGAGUUAAAGAAA